AUGCAGAGCUUUGGCAAAGGUCCUGGUGCCUUGGGUGGGGUGGUCAUGCGCGAUCCUUUGAUCAAGAAAUACAUGGCCAACUCUGUACGAGGCCUGAUGUACUCAAACGGGCCUUCCUUCCCCACAAUCGCCGCUAUCAAAGCUUCGUUCUCCACCCUCAGCAGCGCAGACGGGAAGCAACGCCGCCAGAGGCUACGCACAAAUAUUAAGCUCUUCCAUCGGCUCAUUCUCAUGCAUCCAAUGCAACAGACUAUCUCAAAUUCCAGUGUUCUAAAGUUCCCCUCUAUUGAGCAUGAUAAGAACGAGGAGAUUUCCGUGGCCAUCAUCCCUAUCAUGAGUGAACAAGGACAAUGUCACAAGCUACAGCAGAGGCUGCAGGAAUACAGGUUCCGCACACAUGUGGUCCUAUAUCCUGCUGUAUCCAAGGAGGAGAAGCGUGUCCGCUUGAUGCUACAUGCGGAUAACAAGCCGGAUGAGAUCAGAGGCUUUGUGCAUGUGUUGAUGAACUGGGGUUGGGAAAGGGUGCAGGUUGGGGCCAAGCCUGGGUCUCGACUGUAA